AUUCGCCAUCUUGAAGAUAGUGAAAUAGGGAAUCGAAAGAAAGAAAAUUAGAAUCUGUAGCCAUCUGUUAUUAUUUGUAUUCGUAGGGAUUAAAUUCCGUUUGUCUGUUGUUUACCCAUUUGGACGGACCAAGCAAUAGGGUUCGUUCCACGGGUCUGUUUCAUCUAAAUGGUUGCCUGCAGACAGCAUGUCUACUCUGUCGGGGAUUGCGUCGAAGGGGGAGAAAGGAAAGUCAAAGUUUCAGUCACUCGACAUAAAUAAUUUGUAUAGGGGAGAAUCCUUAGAGCCACAUCAGCAGAAGAGUACAUUACCACGCAAACAUGGCAUGCAGAGUCUGGGAAAAGUGCCGUCAGCACGACGACCUCCAGCCAAUUUACCAAGCCUGAAGUCUGAACAUAGCGGCAACGAUCCAGCCAUAAGUUUAGUUCCUAGUGGCGGCACAGGAUGGGGCAGCAAGCCAGGAGAGACAAGUCAAACAGUUACACCCACGCAACCACCACCCCCUUCAGUUCCUGCGGCUACAGCUGUAGUAGCUGCUGCACAAACAUCUGUGGCACCAGCAGCUGUCCCAACAAGUGUUGUAAGUGGUGCACCUGGAGCAGUGACACCACCAGCGUCCAACCAGGGACCACCCCUACCUAUUCAGCAGGUGCACAGCAGCGACAAGUCAUGGAGCAGCAUAAUGGCAGGCCCAGGAGAGGGAGGUGCCCAUCCCCCAAGUUUUCUUGCACACCAAUCUCCACAGUUCCAGCACGAAUUUCCAAAGUUGUCCAGUGGCGAUGGACAGGCUCCAGCAACUGGACAGAAAGGUGGAUCCGAUACGCAGUAUGGACCGGGGCCAAGCCUUCGACCUCAAACGGAGGGGAGUUGGAUACAGGGUGGCGGACGGAGCACUGUACAGGCCCCGGGACAGAUUCCAUCAGGAGCUACUGGAAGCCAACCAGGGACUGGGGCUGUCACGGGCCCUCUGCAGCAUCUCCCACCAGGUGGAGAUCCCGUUGGCGGUCGGAGCAGUUCGGUCCCGUGUGCUGCUCAGGGGGUGGGCAUGGGCCCGGGAGGCCCAGGGACCCCAUCACAGAGCGCGGCCACUGCAAGCACCUUGCCUGGAGUUGGGGUGACCCCACCACCCCUUGGUGGGCCCCCCCUCACACAUAUUCCACCCGGUGCUGGACCACCACAGUUCAGGGCCCUCAUUCCUCAAUUUAUGUACAGAGGUAACUUCCCAGGUGGGUUUCCACCCAAUUUCCAAGGUCCAAUGCAUGGCCCACCAAGGCCUCGUUUCCCAUAUCCUGAGAGCAGGUUCAUGCCUCCGUCACGACCCACCUCUGCUACUGUGGAUGAAGAGAUAGCGCCACGACCAAUUAUUAAGGAGGAAGAUUUGAGCAAAAUGGAUGACAUUGCACAUGAUGCUGGCUGGGCUACACACGAUGAUAUUGAUUAUAAUCAGAAACUGGCUUUCAGUGAUGAUGAAAGCACACAGGAGGAAGAUGUGCGCAAAGAUUCACGUAGCCAUGGUCAUAGUAACAAAGAAGAAAAGAGGUCUGCCGAAAGGGACCGAGAUAGUGAAUCAAAUGAACGGGAACGGGAUAGAGAUGAACGCAGAGAUGAUCGGCGCGAGAAAAGGCCUGAGCCCUUGCCUAACCGAGGGCCUCCAGACCAGAGAUCAUGGCAACAAGGACGUCCCAUGUCUGUUGAUUUCCGGACCCCUCCUGCACACACUGGCCCCUCUCACGGGCCUGGGCCCGUUCAUGGCCCAUCUUCAAUGAACUUCCCUCUUCCACCCAUGAGAGCUCCCCCACAUCAGGGCCACGCUGCUGGGCCUAGGGCAGUGGAAGACGAGGAGAUCUGGCGGGAGAGAAGGCGACAGCAGAGUGAAGAAGUAGCUAUUGCAGUGGAGAGGGCAAAACAGAGGAAGGAGGAAGAAGAGAAGAGAUACCAAGAGCAGCUGAAACAAGCCGCAAAUAAGAAGUUGCAGCAGUUAGAAGAAAAGAUGAGAGUUAAAAAUAUUGACAGUAAGGAACACGUAGACGACACUCCUGUUCCUGUACCAUUGCCCGAGUGGGAGAAGGAGCGAGACAAAGAACGGGAGAGCCGUGACAAGGACAGGUCACGGACCAGUAGUGAGGGUCGUGAUGAGAAAACUGUUCGUGAUACAAGGGAUACAGGUUCUGACUUCAGGCAGCUUACACAGAUGGGAGAUCGGGCUACUUUCUUGCGUGCCGAUCGAGAUGUGCUGCGUAGUGAGAGAGAUCGAGAGAGAGAUCUUCGCAGUGAGAGGGAACGUGAACGUGACAUACGUAGUGAAAGGGAGCGUGAUAGGGAUCGUGAACGUCACGAUCAGCAACCCAUGUUUUCACGCCAGUUCCAGAGCAACUUGCCACCAAGGUUCCAGAAACAGCAGGCUGAGCGAAAUCAGCAUCAGUUCUUACGUGUAGGUUCAGGUGGAUCCUCAAGUUCCCCUCAACCACUUCCUGGAACUGGAUCAUCAUCCCAAGGAGCUUCUUCAUCUCAAGUUUCCCCAGCUUCACAAGGGCCACCAUCAGCACAGAUCUUUGACCCACGUUGGUCUGGACCUUCUACUCAUGGAGGCUCUGCAAUUCAUUUCCCAGGAUCACUGCCAGCUGCCACUGCUAACCUUAGUGUAAAGUCUGGUCCCCCUCGUCGUCACGCUGAUAGCGAAACGUCAGGAUCAGAUAGGGAAAGAGACAGAGAACGAGACCGUGACAGGGAACGUGAUAGGGACGUUGUUGAAGAGAGGCCUCCCAGCAGAGAUCCACGGGAGCCUCGAGACAGGAGGGAACGGCAUACCCCUGAGACCCAUGAGAGGGACAGGUAUAGACACGGUGGACGUGAUCGGGAUCACAGAAACUACUCAGAGACGAGCAGCAGCAGUAAUCGCAAGUUGUCGGGUUAUUAUGAUGGACCAUCUGAUUAUGGUCGGAGUUACAGCCGUAGCACAUUAGACUAUGACAGGAGCCAAGAUUAUGAUCGUAAUAGAGACCGUGAACCCGAACCAGACCUGCGAGAGACUCGGGAUUCACGCGUGACUGAGAACCGAGAUUCAAGGCACCCACGAGACCUCUGGGAUCGAGACCGUGACCGAGAUAGCCGUCACUAUGAUGACCGAAGGGAUGUGGGUGAUUCUAAGAAAGAAGCCUUUGAAAGACAUGAUCCUUUUGAAGAAUGCGAAUCUUCCCGUGACUUGGGGCGACAGGAGAGCGGUGAAUGGCGUGAGAAGGACUGGAAGCAGCCUCUUGCACCACUGCCACCACCACCACCACAAGAGGAACGUGAGAAAAGUGACAGAAGGGACCGUGAUCGAGAUAGGGAUGUAGACCGAAGGGACACCAGAGAGAGAGACUUGGAUCGCAGGGAUAGGGACGAACGGCCUCAGAGACCAGACAGCCGUGACAGUCGGGCUUCCAGAGACUCGAGGGCAUCCAGGGACUCUGCCAGAGACGAAAAGUCUUUCCAUGAUAGUGAACAUAAGUUAGGUCUUUCAAGCCGUGACUACACUGGUCCCUGGUCAGAAGCUCCACUAGAGUCACAGUAUGGAGAGUUCAAGGAAGAAAAGAAGAAGCCACAGUCAGAUUACUUCCGUGAUGAUAGACGAGAAGUGAUCCGUCAUCCUGUACCUGGACCUAUAACUCGAGAAAAGUUAGAAGCUGCUGAAUUGCGCAGUGAGCCUAAACGGAAUCUCACACAACUGAAACGCUCGACUUUAGGUGGUGGCCUAGGAGUUGGAAUUGAAAAGAAAGUUGAUAAUAAGAAAAGUGAGAACCAGGUGGAUACGCUUGAUAGAAAGCCAAGUGACAAUGUUGAUGCGUGGAAUCGCAACAAUACGCAGAAGAACUCAGAACGUACAGCCCCAUCACUUACCGAUUCUGACAGUCCAUCACCCAUGAGCAGAGCUUUGGAAAGUACAAGUAAACUGUGGGCUGAUUCGUUGCCGCCUUGUGAACCUGUUGAGGCUCCUCCCAAACCAGUGGUCGCUGUGGCGGAGGAUAAACCAAAGUCUGUGAGCAGUGAUGUCAAGAAAGAAUCUGAAAAGAAGGAAGUAUCGGAUGUUAAAAGUGACAGUACUGAAAAAAUAAAAGCUGAAGCUAAAGAGAUUGAUAAUGAAACAGAAAGACUGACUGAAGAAACAAAGAAAGGAGAUGAAGCUGGGAUUGAUGUGGAAAACAAACGUGAAAAGAGUGGACGGAGUCGUGCUGGACGAGGACGUUCAGAUCAGGUUCGUGGUGGGAGACAGAAUUGGGGUAGCUUCGCUGUUUAUCGUGGUGGUUGGGGUCCGCAAAGGGAAUUACGUGGUCGCCGAGGUGGGCACAGGAACCCUGGACAUGUUGGACGGCCACCAUCUUCACGAAGUGGAGGAGAAUGGGGUCAUGGUAGUGAUUCAGAACUUUCAGGAGAUGAAGUCUCAGCAUCAACUGAGUCUGGCAAAGAAGAUGCAGGGCGAGUACCAGGAUCUCGGAGAGCUGAUCGGGACAGGGAUACCAGGAGGCCACCCAGGUCCCCCAAACAAAGUGGCAAGAAGAUGGAAAAAGACGAGCGUAAUCGUGAUGUGCGGCGAGGAGAAGGAGAGAAGAGUUUUGCAGGUUCCGAAUCUCGUCGCUAUGACAAACGUGGAGGCUACGAGAGCAGCAGGGGUGGGCGGGAGGGUUUUGCCCCUCGUGGUGAGCCUUCACGAAGGGGUCGGGGGGGUUUCCGAACCCGUGGUAGCGUAGGAAGACGUAUGGAUGGCUAUGGGCCCCCAUCAUCCAAAAGUCCAUUUGGGCAAUCUUCUGAUGAUUCGAAACUCAUAGGGUUGGAUGAGAAGGACAAUAAAGAGAAUCGAAAAAAUUCUGACCCUCACUUGGGAGAAUCAAACAAAGAAGAUAUUGGUGGUGAAAUAGUGACUGCUGAGGAUAAAAUCAAACUGAAGCAGCAGGCUCUGUCAGCCGGAAUAAUUGGCAGCUCAAGACACCAUGCUAAUGUAACAAAAGUGUCAUCAACCCAGGUACCACCGCGUAUGCAGCGGAAGUCAGAAAGUGAGCGUAGAGAUUCCAGUCGCAACAAGGGCACCCGAGGAAGCAGCACUGGUCGUGGUGGAACACAUGGACCUGGAAGGGAAUCAACUGGUCGUCCUCCAAGGUCAGGUGGUGGGUCUGUGCCAGUUAUGAAACAGAACUCUUCAGAUGUGGGUGAUGAAUGUUGGGAGACUACAUCUGAGAACAGUGAAUUGGAUGACAGGGAUAGAAAACUCGAUAUACACAAUGGAAGAAAGGCAUUCCCUCGCCAUCGUGAACCUCCUGGUAACAGUCGUCGCAAUUCUGGGGUAGGCCUAAAUAACUGUGCUCCACGAACAGGUAGGGGAGGAUCUGGGGGCAUGGGAUCUACUCCGGGUUCUGGCGGCAGCAGCGGCGGCUCAUCCCGGGCUCCAGGAGCGGAGAAACGUGCGGGAAACAAUAAUGGAUAUGGUGGUGGCAAUGGAGGACAGAGAGGAACUUCUAGUAGUGCUAUGGGGAUCACCCUACAAGCGAACGGCAGAGCUCCUGGACCCCGUCCCAAUAGUGGCAGCCAGAGUGCUGCAGUUGCCGGAACCAAAGUACCUAUGAAAGAAACAACCACAGCUGUUAACAGAGUAGACGAAAUUAAAUUGAACGAUCCAUCACUGGUCUCUCAAGCUCUAUCGGAAUUGAACUCGUCCAAGAAAAAUGUCAGAGUGGAAAAAGAAAAAUCCAAUGCUCUGGAAGGGAUCGAUCUGAACAAUUAUGCAAGUGUGGUGAUAGUUGAUGACCAGCCAGAGGUGACAGUGGAGGAAGAACGUUUCCCUUUUGAUGCAGACAAUGGUUUCCAAGAAGUGCGCAGCAAGAAGAAUGUGAAGGAAGCGCGACAGAAGGGUGUAGGGGAAGAGCAGAAGGGAGGAAGGACAUCCCGUGAGCAGAAGGAUCGUGAACGUGGAGAGCGGGAGAGAGAGCGGAAGGGGAAGUCGACAGGGUCAGGAACCAUGCUGCCAGGUGCCACACCUUCUGGACCGGGGCCAGGAACCGCUGUACUACCACUUGCCUCCAUGGGGCCAGGACUUGCAGCUGUCAAAGUACCGUUUGAACGCCCUCGACAGAACAAGCUUCCACCUAGAUUCGCCAAACAGCGUGAAAACAACCGUUUGCAGAAAGCAGCACAGCAGCAACAGCAGCAGCAACAUGUUGGUGUUCAUAAUGAUGUGUCAGAGAUGAACAAGAUCAAUCAGAGCGUCAGUCUCUUUCCUUUAAAAGACUCCUCCAGUCCUGCUCCUCCACCUUCUGUGAACGCUUGGGACAAACCAAUUACUGGAUCUCUGAGACCAAACUCGCCAUUGUCUAAUGCAAGUCCAGGAAUUCAACUGGGAGCUGCCCUUACCAGUUCUAGUGAUAGUUGCGGUAUUGACAUGAACGAGCAGCCUCCUUCAGGGGGAAGCAGUCAGAGGAGUACUCCAAACGGGGAGAAGAUGCCUUGCAAACUAGGCAGAGAGGUGGCAGAGAAGGCCGUUUUAGAUGGAACUUCGCCUCCUGUACAGACUAUUAUCUUUGAGAACACAAAUUACAAAUCAACACCCGACUUGGCCAUAAAGGCAAAAUUUAGCAGCCAUGUGAAAAGUCAGAGGCUUGACAAAGCCAGAGGAGACCGAAAAAUUGCCGACGAUUCUGAAGACGUGACAUUAGGAUUCGCCAAUAAGAAUUCUAGCACAAUGUCAGAUCUCAGCAAAGGACCUGACAGCAAGGCUGACCCUAUACAAAUGCCACCAUUAAGCUUCAGUAAAAAUGAAGAUGGCGUGGAUAUGAAGUUGGACUUCACAUUCGACUCUGAACUGACCCAGUUAACAGACGACAAGACUAACAAGACAAUGGGACUUCCCCGCUCGAUGCAUAUGACCCCUGGUGUACAGUCCACCAUAUCAUCACCUGCUGCUGAUCUCAAUUUUAAGAUUGCAUCUGUAAAGAAGGUGUGGGAAAGCAUGCCUGCGAUGCCCACAGUUAUUGAACAUAACGAGGAUGGAAGCGUGGCUUCAACUGCAUCAUCCUUCACACCAACGUUUGGUAACCCUGUUGAUGCCGGUCUUGAUCCGUCAUCUUUCGCCAAGUCUGUUGACGGACCAGGGGUUGUUUCCGGUGAUGAUGGAUCACCUCUUAACCCUGGAGAAGUAGUGUACAGCCCCGGUCCACCGAUGCAGGGUGGUACAAAUAAUUACACUGGAGGGGUAGCAGUGUCUGCUGUUCCUAGCAUGGUCAAAAAUGACCCCACCUCCACUUCAAGCAAUGUUUGUAAGCUGAUUCCCCCACAGGUGAAACCCCAGCAACAAGCCGUUAUGUCUGCUGGGCCAUCACCUAUUGGACAUCCUGGGCCCCUGUCGCCACCUCCCUUCAAUUCAUCUACUGCACAGCCUGGUCAUAUUAACUACCAGCCAACAGCAGCCCAGUUCAGUGGCAUUUCUGCCAUUCCAUCACCACCAACAGUAUUAUACAAUUCAUCACAGCAAAUUCCAACCCAGGGUGGACUCUAUGGUGCAUUCCAGAUAGAUGGCACUCAGGUUCUUGGGGGGCAAGCCAGAUCUCAGUUUUCGCAAUUCCCACCAUAUGGCCUGUCUCAAGGACUGGGACAGACAUCUGCUUUCAGUCAGCAGUCAAUGUACCUGCAGACUGCACCCCACCCUCCACCUAACGCUGCACCAGACAUGUAUCAGUCUACAAUCUCUCAGUUUCGUAUUCAGGCUCCGCAAGGACCAUUUGGCCAAUCACAGCAGCUCAGUAACAAUCCUAGCACAGUUCUCAUAUCGUCUACUUCAAAUUCAUUGAUGUCGGCUAGUGUGAAGCCUUCAACACAGCAGAUCGGAGCAAUUGGGACCAAGGGUGGUGGUCCCUACCAACAGAGUGCUCUACCAUCUGCUCCCCAGCCAUCCCAGUUAUACAUUCAGUAUGACCCCAGUCAAGUCCUCAAUGUGAAUCAGAACUACUUGUCAAGUUCGCAGAUGGUACAGCGACCAGGGCCUGUACAGAGUAAUGUAGUGCCUACAAUUACACCAUCAUCAUCAUUUUACUCAGGUUCUGCUGCAAACUCAUGCCAGAACCCUGUGGUAGUGUCUGAUGUCUUGAGGGGUCUAAUUCCAGGGGGCCAGACAGGUUUCUACCAGGCCACAAACUCAACAUUACAAGCUGUACAGCAGCCAGCAACACCAGGCCAGCAGCUUCACCAGACGGGUUCCCCAUAUAAUCUGCAGGGCUAUGGCACCCAGUCAGGUGCUGCCACACCUGUUGGACUCCAGAACUUUGGUUCACAGAUGGCACAGCAGUACCGUAAUACUGGACUUCCUGGUCCAACAUUCCUGAAAUCGGGUGGCCAGCAUCCUACAGAUCUUAAUGCCACUUCCAAUGGUCGGACACAGCUGAAGUCACCCUCCGGCAAUCAGCAAGACGUUUUAGCAUCAGUAUUCUCUUCAGCUCCACAGAUCCCAUCACCAAAGUCUCGUAAUUCAAAACAGCAGCAGCAACAGUCACCGCAGCAACAGCAACAACAACAGCAGCAGCAACAGCAACAACAGCAACAGAGUCCAACACAGCAGCAGCAACCUCAUCAUAAAUUCAAUCCAUACCAAGGAGUCACACAAUCUUCUCAGCUGGCAUUUCAGCAAGGCAUGCGGGGCCAGAUGAACCUUGGAGUACGGGGAGGCAUGUCAUCAGCUCCUCGUUAUCCAACUCCGAUCCAACGGCCUGUAGCCUAUCAGCAAGGAGGAGGAGCGCCAGGAAACAACAUGAUGAGCAGUUCUGGUCGGCACAGGCCUCAGCAUAACUCGUCACAUGUGCCUCCAUCGCGGCCACCACCGAACAUAAAUAAAAUGCAGACCAGUCAGGGUGGGGGGCAGCCAUAUUAUGGAGCACAUGGGACAAACUUGAAGUUGGAGAGUGGUUCUGAAGGCAAGCCUGAGACCAAUCCUCAUGUAAGUAGUGAAAAUAAGAUGCCAGAGAGUAACAGUGCCAACUCCAGCAGCAGCAGCAGCAGUAGCGGGAUCUCUCUGAGCGCCAAGCCGGCAACAGUCAGUAGCACACAGCAGGUUGACAUAAAGCUGCCCACUGAACUGGGAAAGGAAGAGAAAGCCACUCCCACCUCUGAAUAGCUGUUGUAUUGUCAGUAUUUGGACAAGCGAGCCUCCAUGUCUGUUUAAAGUAAUUGUGCAUCACAUAUGUCCACUUUCUCUUCAAACUUGCGUACUUCGUGCGCAUACAGUAUAUGUAGUUAGAAGCUGUUGAAAACAAUAGUAUGAGAAAUUGCAAAUGAUGAUGGUAUUUUAAAGUAUGUGCUUUUACUACCUUCCACUGUGAGCACAUCUUGUAAGUCAACUGCGCGCUACCUCUCGGAAGAACAGCCAUGUGCUGUGCAUCUCACGAUUAACUUGUUUUAGACAUUUCAACUUUAAAGGUGGAUGUUGACAGAAAGGCUUCUCCCUGCAUACCGAUGUUACAUGCAGAUGUCGUUUGUGUUUCUCUGAUCUUCACUUACUGAUAAUCAAGUUGGGGGAAGUUAGCAGUUGCGAAUAAAAAGUUCUGUCAUAACAAGUGAGAUUAUGAAUGCUCUGCAGAUGAUGACUGUCUUACGAUGUCAUCAUCACAGUUGUAUCGACAUAAAUGAAACAGGUGAACCUUGGAUGUUUGCGGAGUUGGAGUUGAUGGCGCAGUUACAACACAAGGAAUUGAUUCGUUUAAACACCAAUAAAUACCCUCUUUUUUUUUUUUUUUUUUAUUGCAUUUCCUUCAUUAGCAUCUGGAGACUUCGGGAGCUGUGGUUUGCAAACCUGACGGAACAUGUCAUUUUGAUGCAUUCUUCCAGUAGAACUUUUGUUCCACCCAAGUGAAAGAUAAUUAUUUCAGUGAAGUGUUUUUUGAAAUGAUAACUUUAGUGCAAAUUGUUUUGAAGACAUAGUUUCUUAAUCCGUGUUGAAAAAUGUAAUAUGACAAGAAGAAUUUGCCAGUAACUUCCGUAAUUUUUCUCUGUUGAGUUGAGUGAGCAAGUUCGUGUUAUUUCUGUGCGUGUGAUGGACAGUGUGGUUUACAGGAGAAAUGUCAUCCACAUCUAAUUAAUUAACUAUGUCACACUUAAAAUGUGCUACCAUGACGGGAUUUGUGCUUGUUGAAUUUUUGUUGAAGCAGGGUGUAGGGAACUGAAAGGAACUGUUUCAUUAACCACAGAUGAAAAGAUGGUGACUAGGGAUUUCACUUUUCAGUAAUGCUUCACAUCUUUGCACAGUAUUUAAAUACAGUUUACCAUCCUUUUCUGGUUAUUGUUCGUUUGGAAUGAAGGUAAAUGUAAAUGAAUGUUGUGUAUUGUGCAAGCGUAGUGAUGUACCACCAGGACACUUGUAAUUUUGGAGGUAAAACAGCUGUGGAGGAUAAGUAUUAUUAAUGGACUGCUUUACCAGAAGUUUAAAUAAAUACUGAGUGAAGUUUAAAAUUGUCAUUAUCAGUUAAAGUUGAGAAAUGUGCAUGUUUGAUGAAGAUGAGAAUCCCACCCCCCUCAGAUUUAUGGUUUAGAUCUUGUUUUUUCUCCCUUGGUGAACGUUUUGUGUUUGUUAAGAAAACUUCUGUGAAAAGCGGUAUGCUGUGGGUUUGGUGUGCAUUGGAAGCAGAGGAGGAUGAGGAAGAACCAAGAAAUGAAGUAAGGUUGUAAAAUAAAACUGAACAAGCCUGCAGGACCAGUAGCCAUGCACGCACUAGUGUGUUUCUUACUGUGAAGCCUUCAAUUCUUGGUACUUUGUAAGCUCAAACCGCUGUUGUGUAGUUGUCCAUAGCUGCAAUAAAUUCAGUCGGCAGUUCAGCUGGUGAGAAUUUAUCCCAGUAAUGAAAAAAUGUUGUUUUUGUUUGGUAAGGGAUGAUGAAACUCUGAAUGCUUACUAGGUCUCACGGCCCCUUGCCCUUUCUCACACUACAUCCAUACCUGGAAUUCUGUAUUGGCCAUAAGAUUUAUACUGUAUUGCAUGCGCGUACACAUUUUCCAGCACACUACGCUCAAUUUUUUUUUUUUUUUUUUGUGGGCUUGACACGUUUGUCAUUGAGAUAAAGCAGAGUAUAAUCUGUAGCAAUGAGAUUUCACUGCUCUCCAUGUUGAGAAUUUCAUGUGUAAUUCAUCUCCAGAAAUAUACAUAAUGAUGACAUUGUAUUAAUCACUUUUCACAAUGUUGAAUGAAUGUAUAAGGGGUGGGCCUUCUUGGCCCUUGCACAGCGACCACAGUGUUACUUUGUGGUACGUUUUUCGGUGUGAAUCACAUAAUUUUCAUGUAUAGAACCGUGUGUGGCCUUGUUUCUAGGGAGUGGUUUCCAUUUGUGGAUGUGCCAUGCAAUUGUCUCUCUAAAAUAUCUCGGGCAGUGUUAAACUGCACCCUCUGAAAAUUGAUUACCCUUAUUCUGUGAUACAACGUGAAAACCGUGAUAAUAAAUGUUUUAUGUUAGAAGCUGCAAUUUAAUUGAUAUAAAGUACCAUAAGUACACCAUCUUCAGGAAUGUUGCACCAUGCUAUCUGUUAUAUGGUCACUGAUGUUUUGGAGGAAUGCACUGCUUCCAUCUUCAGGAUUAAACAGUAAGCCAGCAAGAAGAAGGUGGAAGCAGUACAUUCCUUAGAAAUGUCAGUGAACUUCUACGAGACUAAAUGGCAUCACAUCCCUGAAGAUAGUACUCUUCACAGCUAUCUCUGUGAGCACCUCAAAUCCAAGAAUCUAAUAGAAUUCUUGAAAAGCUGACGUGCCAAAAGUUCUUGACAUGUGUGCACAAGUAAAUCAACAGAACCCUGGAGGAACAUUAGCUAGGCGAUUUCUACAUCAUAUAAUGUUGAACAAGGCCUGUUGCAGUAAAAGCGACAAAUACGCAGUUGGUCGAUCAUUAAGCGUAUGCCUCAGUUGUCAGUUAUAAGGGGAAGAGACAUUGAAAAACUACUCUAAUAAUCCUUGGAACUGAAUCUGAGUGUCAAGUAAUUAUUUUCCAAAAUAUAAACUUUUACUACAAACCUAUUAUUCUACUUUGGUGUUAACAUUCAUAAAAGAUUGUUGUAAAGUUGAGAUGACACUGUAGAAAUGAAUAUAAUCAGCAUGCCAUGUUACUCAAAAGUUACUUGAAAAUAAUAUCACGCCCCAGUAUCACUUUUGUGAAAAAUAAAAUUGAUAACAGGUGAAAAAUGACUGUGUAGAUUUAAUAUGCAGUACGAGCAGGAAUGCCAUGAUGAAGGACAUUGAUAUAAAGAUUCUUGUUACCUGGAUUUACUUCUGAAAUGUAACCCUUGUUAGAAUAAAGGAGAGCUGCACUCCAGGAUUACAACUGAUGUGAAAGUUACAAGUUCUGAAAUUACUCUUCAUUGAUUGUCCUGUAAGGGCACUUUGGAAUGAGGAGAUCUCAUUACCGUUAAAUAAUGUCAUUUUUGUAUGGAGAGUACCAAAUGUCAGUAAAAAAAGUCCCACAACUUUAAUUAUGACGUCUCUUGUACCAGAAGGGCUAAACAUAACCUAGUGGUUCAGUUUUUCAAAAUAAGAUUACCUCCCCCAAUUGUAGUAUGGAAUACAUAUACUGUGAAUAUUUAAUCAUGGUUUAUAAAUUUGCAAAAACAAAUUUUGACAUGUACUUUGUGUGUAAGUAUUUAAAAUUCUGUUAGUUACAAGCUGCUACAA